CAGGAUCUGGGGACCCCAAGACUGUGAGGUCUCUCAUGAGUCCCCGAAUUUCCAGCUAGGCCUAGCCGCGGUGGGCUCUGAGAAGAGUGGUGGCCCUUGCUGCCCGGCGUGGGCCCAUACCGCGGACUCUAGACCUGCCGGCCUCUGCCCGGAAGCGAGUUUUGCUAAGUCACUGCGCUUCUGACGGUCCUGGAGGACACGUGCCGGCGGCAGGACUUCAACCCCAGUGAAUACGAUCUGAAGUUUCAGAGGUCUGUGCUUGACCUCUCUCUCCAGUGGAGAUUUGCCAACCUGCCCAACAAUGCCAAACUGGAGAUGGUGCCUGCAUCCCGGAGUCGUGAGGGACCUGCGAACAUGGUUCGCAUUGCUUUGCAGCUGGAUGAUGGCUCCCGGUUGCAGGGUACUUUCUGUUCCCGCCAGACCCUCUGGGAGCUUCUCAACCAUUUUGCACAGACCAGGGAGAGUCUGCAGCCACCUGGUGAGGUGACCCCUGUCUGCGUGUAUAUGAGUGUUGAGGUGACUGGUGAGGCUGCCCUACAGAGCACAACACUGCAGUCACUGGGCCUAACAGGUGGCAGUGCCACCAUCAGGUUUGUCAUGAGGCAAUGUGAUUCCAUGGGCAAGCAGGAGCCUGCAGCCAUCAGAAGCAAAGCUCCAGGAAGCCCAACCUCUUCCAUGUCAGCCGACCAAGCAGCCAGCAGCCCUCUACUUCCCUUGAACUCUGGGGAGCUCAGCAGAGGGGACCUCAGUCAUCAGGGUGAUGCAGGUGCCUCAGGGAGUAGCCUUGUGAGUGGCUCAAAGCCUGUGGAUGCUCAGGUGAAGCAGAGCAUAAAGGAGCCUGCACCUGCCCCCUUCAUUCCUUUUUCUGGUGGGGGCCAGCGGCUGGGGGGCCCUUCUGGGUCCUUGAAGCCACUAACAUCAUCUUUAUCCAAGUCAUCCAAGUCCUUCUCUGGCACUGGAGGUCCCUCUAAGCCCAAGAAGUCAAAGCCUGGUGAGGAGUCCCCACAGGAGCCUGAGCCGCCUGUGGACCGAGACCCAGUGGUUUGCCACCCUGAUCUAGAGGACCUGCUUCAGGCCUGGCCAGCAGAGGUACCUGAUGAGUUCUUCGAAGUAACUGUCGAUGAUGUGAGGAGACGCCUGGCUCAGCUCAAGAGUGAGCGGAAGCGUCUGGAAGAAGCUCCUUUAGUGACCAAGGCCUUCAGAGAGGCUCAAAUGAAGGAGAAACUGGAACGCUACCCAAAGGUGGCUCUGAGGGUCCUGUUCCCUGACCGCUACAUCCUGCAGGGCUUCUUCCGUCCCAGUGAGACAGUGGGGGAUUUGCGAGACUUCGUCAGGAGCCACCUGGAGAAUCCUGAGCUCUGCUUUCAUUUGUUCAUUGCACCUCCUAAAACAGUUUUGGACGACCACACGCUGACCCUCUUUCAGGCAAACCUCUUCCCUGCUGCCCUUGUGCAUUUUGGAGCUGAGGAACCAACUGGUCUCUACCUGGAGCCUGGGCUACUGGAAAACACCAUCUCCCCAUCUGCAGCUGAUAUGCUAGUGGCCAGGUGUAUGUCCAGGGCUGCUGGGGCCCAAGCCCCAUUGCCAGACCCUGACCCUGUGCCCCUGGAGUCUGAGCCAUCUGCUGAGGAGGGGGCACUGGGCUCCUCAGAGCCCAUUCCAGGGACAGUCCAGCCUGUGAGGAGGAGCCUGGGCAAAGUGCCCAAGUGGCUGAAGCUGCCAGCCAGCAAGAGGUGAGACCUGCCAGCCUGGAGGGCCCAUUGCCAGCCACAGGAUCCCACCCCUACCCACCCCGAGCAGGAAUAAAAUCUCGCGCUUCUCUCAAA